AUGAUUCUAACAACAGCAUCAACAAGAAUAAGUAAUGAAAAAUUGCAAAAUACAACAAAAACAAGCACAAAAGUAAACAGAACUUCAUCGAGAAAGUCAAAGAUAUCUAAACUACCAAAAUUGGCAACUACUAUUAAUCGCAGUAAUUUAACUAGCGGCAAAUUUCUGAAAUCAAGAAAUAAAUCUAAAAUAAUGGAUACAGAAUCUGAAUCCCCAACGUUGCAGGGGGUUCAUCAUUCACUGACUUCUACUACAAAUAAAGAAGAUAGCUAUGAUAUGCUUUUUAAAGAUAAUGAAUUAUCUAAUACCAUUCCUGAAAAAGCUACUAUUAAUAGCACUGUAACUUCCGGUACAAUAAUUAUAUUAGAUGAUAUUACUAAACGACCUGAAGUACACUAUAAUAUUAGUAAUAUUACUUUAGUACAGGCUAAAAAUAAUCUGCAGUCAAAGACAGUGACAAAAACCCAGCUAAUAUCAAAUGAUGCGCUGAAAAACAAAUUAUGGACUUAUACGAAAGUUGCGCAUAAUACUUCUACUGAAACUGAAAAACAGUGGAAAGAAGGCAAAACAACAGUAAGUAAUGUAAGUACGGUAGUAGGAAAUUCUGAAAAGAAUAAAAAGGAAAUGAAUAAAUUCCUGGAAAAAAAUAAUUUGCUACAGAAGGAUACUCAAAUAGUGACUGAGGCACUUCAUCCAACUGUUUCUCCGUCAACUGAGGUACAAUAUUUUCAUAUUACAAAUUAA